GACCAUGCUAUAGAAUUGAAGGACACCUUCAAACCGAGAAAAGGACACAUGAUACCACUUUCUGCUCUAGAAAGAGAUGAGGUAUCAAAUUUCAUAGAUGAACAGCUUAGGAAGGGUUACAUCAGACCUUCCAAAAGCCCUAUAACGUCCCUGGAGUUCUUCAUUCCUAAAAAGGAUGGUAAAAAGUGUAUGAUUAUGGACUAUCAUUACUUGAAUGAGUGCACGGUUGAAAAUGCGUAUUUGAUGCCUUUG